CUUCCCAAAUUUCCUUUCAGGGCUCAGCAGAUUCAUACACAAGCAGACCCUCAGACUCUGAUGUCUCUCUGGAAGAAGACAGGGAAGCAAUCCGCCAGGAGCGAGAGCAGCAAGCAGCCAUACAGCUGGAGAGGGCAAAGUCCAAGCCAGUAGCAUUUGCUGUUAAGACGAACGUGAGUUACUGUGGAGCUCUGGAUGAAGAUGUUCCUGUCCCAAGCACUGCCAUCUCUUUUGAUGCCAAGGACUUCCUACACAUUAAAGAGAAAUACAACAACGACUGGUGGAUAGGAAGGCUGGUUAAGGAGGGCUGUGAGAUUGGCUUCAUCCCAAGCCCCCUGAGGCUGGAGAACAUCCGCAUCCAGCAGGAGCAGAAGCGAGGACGUUUCCAUGGAGGGAAAUCAAGUGGAAAUUCUUCUUCAAGUCUUGGAGAAAUGGUUUCUGGCACGUUUCGAGCCACACCCACUUCCACAGCAAAACAGAAACAAAAAGUGACAGAACAUAUUCCUCCAUAUGAUGUAGUACCAUCAAUGAGACCUGUUGUCUUGGUGGGGCCAUCUCUGAAAGGCUAUGAGGUGACAGACAUGAUGCAGAAAGCUCUCUUUGACUUCCUGAAGCACAGGUUUGAUGGGAGGAUAUCAAUCACCCGAGUGACAGCUGACAUUUCUCUUGCUAAGAGGUCUGUUCUCAAUAACCCCAGCAAGAGGGCAAUAAUUGAGCGGUCGAACACGAGGUCCAGUUUAGCUGAAGUUCAGAGUGAAAUUGAGAGAAUCUUUGAGCUGGCAAGGUCCUUACAACUGGUUGUCCUAGAUGCAGACACUAUCAAUCACCCUGCCCAACUUAUCAAGACAUCUCUAGCACCAAUUAUUGUCCAUGUUAAAGUGUCUUCUCCAAAGGUUUUGCAGCGACUGAUUAAAUCCAGAGGGAAAUCCCAAAGUAAACACUUGAACGUUCAGCUGGUGGCAGCUGAUAAACUUGCACAAUGCCCACCAGAAAUGUUUGAUGUCAUUUUGGACGAGAAUCAGCUGGAGGAUGCUUGUGAGCACUUGGCAGAGUACCUGGAGGCGUACUGGCGUGCCACCCACACCACCAGCAGCACCCCCAUGACUCCUCUCCUCGGGCGAAAUUUGGGCUCCACGGCACUUUCCCCCUACCCUGCUGCCAUCUCGGGGUUGCAGAGCCAGCGUGUGAGGCACAGCAGCCACUCUACAGAGAACUCUCCAAUUGAGCGCCGAAGUCUAAUGACCUCAGAGGAAAAUUAUCACAAUGAAAGGGCUGGGAAGAGCAGGAACCGCUUGUCUUCCACUUCCCAACACAGCCGAGACCACUACCCUCUGGUGGAAGAAGAAUACUCUGACUCGUACCAGGACGCUUACAAACCCCACAGGAACCGAGGAUCCCCGGGAGGAUACAGCCACGAGUCACGACACAGGCUUUGA